AUGGUGUCCCGAUCCGCACACUUUAUCACAGCGCUGCUCGUCGGAACCUGGUGGUGUUGCUACGGACUUCUGUCGCCGCCGGUGAUUACCCGUACAAACAUGGCUGACAUCGUGGGUAUUAUACUGCACACGCACUUCCGCACACCGUUUGCCACUACGCUCGUGACGGUGCGAAGCGCUACCCAGGAAGGACAAUGGAGGUUGCUGGAUCUACUCGAACGGUUGCUGGUUCGCCACGGACAGGGCCAGCUGGUGGUGCAGCUGGAAGCCAUUGGAACCGGCACCCAUCGGCAACCACCCUGGUCGCGCACUGUGCUGCUGGCGGAGAGUUACGAUGCGCUGCGUACCAUCUUCCCGGAGCUGACGUUGGAUCGGUUCGAUUUCUCCGGCUGCUAUCUUAUCGUACUGGAGGACGCACCGGUAACGCUCGGUACCGUCGAUCGCAUCUUUAACGAGCUAUGGGUACGGCAGAUCGUGAACGUGGUGGUCGCGCUGCAACCCACCGACAAUCGAAACGAUCCGGUACAGCUCUGGACGUACUAUCCCUUUUCGCCCGGUUUAUGCCGCAUCCCGAAACCGCAACUGCUGUUCACCUGGCCAAACGAUACCGUCCUGUACGGUGUGAACUUCUACCCGCCGAAGAAUGUCCAGUUCCAUGGCUGUCCGCUGCGGGUUGGCAGCUUUGAGACGCGUCCAUUUACGGUCCUUUCGGUGAGUUACGGGACAGGGGUCGGGCCCGUACUGUCCGGGUUCGAGGGUGAUCUGCUGCGAAGCCUGGCCGAACAGUUAAACUUCGAGGUGAAUGUGCGUGUGCCACCGCGCGAUCAACAGUGGGGUGAUGCAGCGUUCGAGAACAGCACCGGCAUGAUGCGGAUGAUCUACACCGAGGAGGUGGAUUUCGGGAUAUCCUGUCUCGGGGUGUCGUACGAGCGUACUGCCAUGUUGAAGGCGGGCAAGACACACUUCACCACCGAGCUGGUGGUGGUCGUACCGCACGGUAUACCCUACACCGCCUUCGAGAAACUGUUUCAACCCUUCCAGGAUAUGACCUGGCUUACGAUCGGGCUCUGCACCGGUACCGCGUUCGCCGUGGUUGUCGCGCUGCGGCUACUGCCCGACGAUGGUACCCGCGCGACCGUUCGCCGCUACAUCACCGGCAAACGAACGCUCAGUUCACCCAUCCUGAACAUUGUGCGCGUGAUGUUAGCCGUGCCGCUACCCUUCAACCCGUUCGGUACCUUUCCACGCACGCUGCUAAUCCAAUGGAUGCUCGUUUCCCUGCUGAUGAACCUGCUCUACCAGGGUUCGAUGUUUCAGUAUCUUCAGCGUACCUCAACGCACCCACCAAUGAUGACGCUGGCCGAGAUCGAUCGUUCCGGCGCACUGUACCACAUCAGCGAUUCGGCGCGCCGCUUCUUCGAACAGUUUCCCCAAAGGCUGCAUCGGUUACGCUACUUUCCGAGCGUGCCGGACAGCAUUGCUGCCCGGCUGCGCUGGAUGGGUUCCCAUCCGGAAGAUCCGAACGUUGCGAUGUGUACGCGAGAUCACGUCGCCUACUAUAACGCGCAGCACAGUCGAGAUAAACAGCUGCUGAUUGCGCGCGAAAUGAUGGCCCUGUACACGGUCACCAUACUAUACCCAAAGCGGUCCAUGCUCACCGACAGCUUCAACGAUCAUGUCGAGCGGAUCGAUUCGUCCGGUUUGCUCAAAUACUGGUCUGGCCAAUACGGUGAUUAUCAUUUUCUCGAUUCGCGACGAUCCGACCGUCGUACCGAACCGACACCGAUCAAUCUGGGGCAAAUCGCCGGUGCAGUUCAACUCCUGCUCGUAAUGCUAUUUACCUCAACCGUAUUAUUUCUCGCUGAGCUUGGUUGGGCACGGCACACACGCACGAGAACCAUUUCCGAACCAACCAUUCCACCACUCAAAGACGUCACUGCGGAUGGUACAGACGAGAGUCAGACGAACCGUACAAUGCGCUUACCACAGACGUGCACCUGCGUUCUGUUUCAAUCGCUGCUGCUGCUAACGGUGUUCCAAUGUCCACCGGGGACAUUGGCUGUCACAUCCAGUAGCAAGCUACUUGUGCGCGCAACGGUUGAAGUAAUUCACCAGCACUACACUACGAUCAUCAGCAAGCAGCUGUACUUGCGCUGGGAAGGUACAUCGGAGCUGACCGAUGAAUUACUAAAACGAACCAUCACUCAUCUGACGGUUCUAAUCGAAUCGAACCCGGAGCAACCCGUGGACCAGGUGCCGACCGUUCUCGGGCCACACCAGCAGAUGCGUGUACUGAACCUGCUGAUAGUGGCCGAUUACCAAGGCUUCAAACGUAUUGUGGAUGGGUUUAGUGAUGAGGUAUACGACUUUUCCGGCCUCUACACGGUGGUGGUAGCAACGCCAAACGAACGUAGUCUCCAGAUUGCCGGGGCAAUUCUUCGCACACUUUGGGCGCUAUACAUCGUGAAUGCGAUCGUAUUGAUAGAACCGACGAAUCACACCACCACCAACGGGGUACGGCUCUACACGUACUUCCCGUACGGUGAUGGUUACUGUGAGCGUGCCCUGCCGGUCGUAUGGAAUGUGUACGAACCGAGCAUUGGGUUUAUCCAUCGCGACCGCAUCCUGUUCCCACACAAAUUGAGCAACUUUUACAACUGCCCACUGGCGGUUGCUACAUUCCCAGUGUAUCCCUUCAUCAUCCCGGCCCCGGAUGGUGGUAACAAUGAGCUGGUGGGGAUUGAAGGAUUGUUGUUACGCACACUAAUGCAACGUUUGAACUUUCGGCUGGAGGUCAUCAUCGUUGAACCGCCCGACUGGGGAACGGCUGGUCCACGGGAACAAUCAACUGGUGCUUCAGCUUACAUUCGACAUCUUCGAGCGAACCUAACCAUCGGUUAUUGGGCGACUACAUUGCACCGUAACCGGUAUAUGGCAAACAGCUUCAGCUAUUACACCUCACAGCUGGUGCUAGCCAUCGCACCCGGCGUACCAUACAGCUCCCUCGAACUACUGUUUUGCCCAUUCGCCAACCCUAUCUGGUCGCUGCUGCUCGUCUCGCUAACAAUCGAACUGCUCGUGAUCGGUUUACUGCGCCGCAAGUGUACCGUAGCGCUCCAACGUCUAGUGCUCGGACGUACACCCGCCAGUGCAUGGUACGGCAUGUUAAGCGUCCUGCUAGGGGCCGGCCUACCAAGACCACCGACACGCAACUUUGCUCGCACACUGUUGCUGUGCUGGCUCGCUGGCACACUAGUGCUGCGCAGCGCCUACACCGGCUCAAUGUUUCGGUUUCUGCAGGCGGGCCGCAACCGUACGGUGCCUGAUGAUAUACCGGCGCUAAUAGAGGAAGGGUACAAGCUGUAUAUGUACCGCAACUACAGCUUCGUUUUUGACGCCUACCCAACCAUUAAGGAACGCAUGCGGUUAGUGACAGCGACACAGUUCCGUGAAACGAUCGUUGAACAGCUACAAAUGUCUGGUGCUCCGUUGAGCGUGCUGCUGCCGUUCGAAACCGUCACCUAUAUCAAUCGGAACAUUACCCGGGAAGGACAACUGCUACGCGUCAGUCGGAAGCGGGUGUACGUGUCCAAGCUAGCCAUCUACACGCAGCGAACAUCACCACUGCUCGGGCCACUCAACAAGUUGCUGGAGAUCUUUGUCUCUUCCGGAUUGCUUAACCGUUGGGCUGGCGAAUACCAUCAGUUACAGUUUUUAGUCGACCCGUACAAGUACCGUGGCCGGCAACAAAUCGUUCUCACCGAUAUGAGUAUCCAAGUAACAGAGAAGCUCCAAACGUUGUUACGGUGUUUCAUCACUAACCUCAAUAAAAACACCCUAGGAUUCCAAGCGAGCGCCCUCAAGACUAACAAAAUUGGAGCUGUAGGGGCCGCAAAUGGGCUAGUGUUUCUAUUACUGGCAACACUAUGGACAGGCAGCUAUGGUACGGUCGGCGGCGAUCAACAAUCCACCGACCGGUGGGUUUCGUGCAUCGGUGAGAUAGUGCACCGGAAUGCCGCCAAGGUAAAGCAUCAGCUGAACGUCUACACACUCAGUAAAAGUGAGACCGGCCAUCAGUUUGGAAGCGAUGUGUUGGAUCGCUUGCUGCCAGCAUUGGUGGCGUACAGCAGUAACAACACAAGCGCCACUAGUGCAGCGCACAUAUUCACCUUCAAUUUGUCACCGUACGACCGUACCGUUGACUACAAUCAGCAAAACCUUGUGCUGAUCCUAAUGGACAACCUUCAACAGUUUCACCAACAUUUGCCAUUGCUGGUUGCUAAAAAUGUGGAGCAGCGCGGUUACUUCCUGCUGCUGAUAAUACCGCGCGAAGAUGUAGCGGAAACGCCAGAAAGCAUCAGCAACGCUCAAGUGACGAUUGCGGCCAUGUUUCGCCGGCUGUGGGAAGUGCGCAUACACAAUGUGGUGUUAGCGAUCGGGCACGAUGCGUCCCGGAUCGAUUUGCACGUGUACGAUCCGUACGGGCCGGAUGGUUGCUGUGGAUGUAGCCGACCGAAGCUGCAAACCCAGUGCCGUGCGGGUAAAUUAAUGACCGACGCGAAUGCACUUUACGAUCGGUUCGAGCGGAAUUUGUACGGCUGUCAGUUGCGCAUCGCGUGCUUCGAGCGGGCACCGUUUAUGACUUUUGUCAAGGGAAAAGAAACCCCCGGUACGGUGACCACCACCCAACGGUUUGCCGGCAUAGAAGGAAAUCUGGUGGAUCUGCUCGCAACGCAACUUAACUUUAGCGUAACGAUCGUACAACCCACGGAUGGACGCAUGUGGGGUCGGAUCUAUCCGAACGGGUCGGCAAACGGUGCGCUAGGGUUGCUUCUAAAUGGUGCCGUACAUUUCACCGUUGGUGGUUAUUUCCCCUACCCGAAGCUGCUGUCCACAACGACACAAUCCCACAACUACUACAUCACCGAGCUGGUGAUGGCCGUGCCGGAAACACUAGCGACAACAAGCCCACUCGAGCAGCUGCUCAAACCAUUCCAUCUCACCAUCUGGCUAUUGUUGGCCCUCGAACUUGUGGUCGGGUUCGCCACAUUACGGCCCGGCACCAUUACGCUCAGCUUCUGGCGCACGUUUAUUGGUGAAUCGUUGCCCAGCUCGGCAGAACCGCGCCGUACGAUUGUACGAUUCGUGGUUCUGCUUUGGAUUAUGCAUACCACACUGCUGCGCGAAUGUUACAAAGGGUCACUGGUAGGUUUCCUAACACAGGCGACACCGCUGAACGACAUACACAGUCUGGCGGUCCUUAUCGAAGGGGACUACCGGUUCGCGAUGACGGAAACCAUCUACCAUCAGGUGUUUGGCAAGUCACAGCACCGUUUCGAGGACGGGCGUGUACAGCUAAUCAAGUCCGCCGACGGUCCCGCACUGCUCGAGCGCACAAUCCGUACCGGUGAGCGGAUAGCGUUUGCCUACACGCGCGAAGAGAUCAUCAAGUUUAACGAACGCAACCGGUCGGCGCUAAACUAUCGCACCUCGGACGAAACGCUGCUAACGUUUCAUUUUGCGAUGUACUUUAAGCGGGCGAGCCCGAUUGCUGGCGUAUUCGAUUGGUACAUCCGGCGCAUACAGGCGACCGGCUUUAUUGCCCGCUGGCAUCGGCAGAAUGUUGAUCUGCGGUUCGAGCGUCCAACGCUGGUCGCUAGCGGGCAGGCGGAGGUACUCGAGGUGCGCCAUCUACUCGGCAGUUACCUGCUGCUAAUAGUCGGUCUGUUGUUAGCCACGGUUGCAUUUACCCUCGAAUUACUUUACGACCGAUUGAAGCGUCCAUCGGACGCUGUUCAUCGAUACCCGUACAUGCACGAGCUUACCCGUUACCCAACGGUUAGAAUGCAACGGUCACAACGCACGUACCCCGAGCGAUUUAUCGCACAGUCACAGUCUGGCACGCACGAGCGUCACCACACAGCAGAGCAUGGAAACCGUACAGCUGUUCAAGGCGAUGGGUCAACGCGUCGCGACGCUACCACCGGCGCAACAAAUCGAAAUUAUCGACACCGUACGGCAGAUGAUCGACGCGUCGCAGAAGCUAAACCGCAGCGCAGCCCUCACGCACGCUGAGUUUCAGCGCCCAACGCACUACAAUCUGGCGAAAAGCGUGUCACAGUCGGCCGCAUCGCCAAACAACACCGACCCAAUGGUAACGGCAGCAUCGCUC